GUCAUCGCCAUGGCAACCAAAGACCGGAGGAGAGAGGGAGGAACCGAAGUCCGUGGAAAUGGCGGAUAGGAUACGGGGAGCUGCAUCACUCAUCAAUGAGGCUCUGGUUAUUCUCACGGACUGAGUGACCUCUCACAAGUACAUCAGAAAUACAGUUUGAGAGCAAUUAUUGAUACACGCCUUAACCACCAAUGUCGUUGCUGUGCAGGUUUUUAAUAGUGUAGCCAGUACAGAGUUGAUUAUUAUCACGUUAAAUUGAAGUUGAUACAUUUUACAUGCCACAGCUCUUGACCCUUCCAGGCAUGCAUGACAGAUUUGAAAUAUUUAACGUGAUAAUAAAGAUUGCUUGAUGCUUUUGAAAGAUGCUAUUUCAAAGUAUGAAGGAUUUUUUUUUGAUGCAAUUAGGUCUGAAUGAAUCCAGGAAAAGGCAUGUGCAGCCAUGCAAAAGGCAAAUGAUUUUGAUCCUCUGCAUGAUCUCACUGCCCCCAUUUUCUCUGAUCCAAAGAGUGAGGAGUACUGUGUUUUUUGUCUUUCUUUUUUGAAGCCGAAUUACUUUUUCACAACAGUGAAAACUAACACAUACCAUUGGCAGGCAACAGCUCAGUCACGAAUGUUAUUUCUUACAGCUAGUGGUAUUUACAUAAUUUAAGUCCAUGACAUAAUAAAAGUUAAGUCCUUAAGCCAAGUGUUGGUGUUAAAGUUUAGUUCAUGUUAAUUCCAGGUUGUCUUAAAUGUUUUGUCUUCCUUUAUACCUUUCAAGUCCAGAGUCUUUGCUACACAUCAUUGAAUGUUCACACCCAGAAUCAAGGACAAAGCGAAAAUUAUAUUACUUUCAUAGCUUGUGACUUUUUAAUUCACACAUGAUCUCUUCAGACAUUCCAAGAGUAGGCUUUCAGAUUAGAUGCUUUAAUCUAUUUUUGUCUGCCACCUAUUUUGUAUUCCGCCUGUCUUGAAUUCCACAGAAAACACACAAACAGUUAUCUUGUAUAUGCACCCUUUUAUAGGUUUUAAUAGAAAACUUGCUCUCAGUGUAGUAAAAUAUUGCAAGUGAGAAAAUAUUUCUGGCAGCUUUGAGCUAGUUUUGCCGGUUUCGGUCUACAGUCAACAGCUGAAAGAUAAAAAUCGUCCUGUGAACACAACACAGUGCUACAGCCAUUGAAUUCAUUUGCAUUCAUUUGCACACAAUAUUUUUAACUGACAGCUGCUGAGCAAAUUAGAACUAAAUGAGAAAAUUAAAAGGUCUGAGGGUGUGUAUUCUGGGGCUUUAAACAGGGAUGUCAACACUGAAAUGUUCAUAUCCUGAAUGAUUACAUUCCAGGCAUGUAGCAAAUUACCAACCAGUUUUAACUCCUGCAGCUGGCCAAUAGGGUUCUAUUUCCUGCUUCCCAGCUGUCUACAUACAGUGCUCUUUCACACUGCUGCAUGAUUCAAGUUACUCCCACAGAAGUCAUGGACAGGAAAACCAAGAGCAUGAGCUACUUUGUGCAAAGAACAAUGGAUAAGCAGUUAGUGAAGCCUGGGGCUAUCAGAAGACGCAUUUAACUUUGUUUUUACUUGAACUUGAAUUCGAGGACUUGCUGUUUUGAACUGUGGAUUUACUUUAUUACACACAACAAGCUGCUGAUCAUGUCAAUCCCAGAGGAGGAUCUUACAUGCCCAGUAUGCUGUGACAUCUUCAAAGAUCCUGUUCUGCUGGCAUGUAGCCACAGCUUCUGCAGGAUCUGUCUGAAACGCUGCUGGGACACAGGCUUACGAGAGUGUCCAGUUUGUAGGAAGAGAGCCUCCAAGUCCAAUCCUCCAUCCAAUUUGGCUCUGAAAAAUGUCUGUGAAGCUCAUCUGCAGGUCAGGAGGCAGAGUUCGGUGCAGGUGGAAGACGAGAUGAACUGUAACCUGCAUGGGGAGAAGCUGAAACUCUUCUGUCUGGUUGACAAACAGCCCAUCUGUGUGGUGUGUCAGUCGUCUAAACUGCACAAAACUCAUGACUGCUCACCUAUAGAAGAGGCGCUACUGGACUGCAAGGAUGAACUCACUUUGUCCCUUAAGAGCUUGCAAGACAAACUGGACAACCUCAAAAAAAUCAACAGGACCUCUGCUGACAUGCUAAAGUACAUCAAGACUCAGACACUGGAAGCACAGAAAAUGAUUAAGAGCCAGUUUGAGCAGCUCCAUCAAGUCCUCUACCAUGAAGAGUCAGUGAGGUUGGCAGCUGUAAAGAAAGAAGAAGAACAGAAGCUGGCAGGAAUGAAGGAUAAGAUUAAAGAACUCUCAGCUGAGGUCCUUUCCCUCACAGAGACCAUCUCAGUCAUACAGGAAGAGCUGAAAGAAGAGGAUCUAGUUUUGCUAAAGAAUUUUAAAGCCACACAGGACAGGAGUGAAAGCAUGGUGCUCGGGUCAGACAACAUGUCCGGGUUGCUGAUUGAUGUUACCAAACACCUCUGCAACCUCAAGUAUCAAGUCUGGGAGAAAAUCCAGGACCAUGUUGACUAUACUCCUGUGACUUUAGACCCAAACACAGCACACCCCUGCCUCAUCCUGUCCGAAGACCUCACUUCCCUGCACUACUCAAAGCAGCCCAGCUGUUGCCCUGACAACCCCGAGCGCUUCCACAUGAGCGCUGAAGUGGUGGGCAUGACUGCACUCAGCUCAGGAAGCCACCACUGGGUUGUGGAAACAGGAAACAAUCAUGACUGGCUCCUUGGCGUGGCCUCAUUGUCUGUAUCGAGAAACGCCGAGAUCCCCGCUCGGCCUGAAAAUGGCUUCUGGACUUUAUGUUUCCGAGAUGGAGAGUUCAGGGCGAUGACCUCUCCACCCACCCCGCUCACAGUCUCAAGAACGCCCAAACAGGUCAAAGUGCAACUGGAUUACAACAAGGGAUUGGUGUCCUUCCUUGACCCGGCUGACAGCACGCUCAUAUAUGCAUUUACAGACACAUUCAAAGAACCUUUGAUUCCAUAUUUUUAUACACAGAGCAGUCAUCCACUGAGAAUUAUGCCAGAGAAGGUACUUGUCACAACAUUGAGACAAUAAGUUCUUAAGCUCUGAAUUAUUAACUUGGUGAGAAAAUGCUUUGUAACAGUUUUUACAUGAAAUAAAUGUGAACAAAUUUAAAGCUGGGUUUGGUGGUCUGACCUACAGCCAAAAAGGCAUGAAAUGUACACUGUAGAAUGAAAUUCAGUCAAAAAAUCUUAAAGACAGCAGAGAGACUCAAAUAUCAAAUCAAAUAUUUAUUCCUCAUCCAAAUCAUUUUGCUGCUUCAGAGACAUAUUGUUUGUUAAUGUAUUUCCCCAAGAUAUAGAUAAGAGGAUUAUUACUACUAUUAUAUCUGUUUAAUUGAUAUGGAGCGUGAUCAGGAGCACUCUAUCGACUAUAAAAGCACAUAAUUCCUGUGCGUUUUGCACUUUUAAAUGAAGAUGUAACAUGUUAAUUAGUGGGACUCAGAGCUGCUGGAGGGCAGAUUCUGCUGCCUUUUCACAGUGUAAGGAGCAUUACUGCUGCUGUCAUGAAUUAAAAUAUGCAGUGUAGCUUUUCAGUUUGACUUUUCCAAUUAUUAAUUCGCUCAGCUCUUUAUUUUAGCUGUAAGAUGAAGAUGGCAUAAGACUGAAGGAGAGGUACUUAAUUGGAAAUAAACCUGGCUAAACAAUCAUUGUUCUGUAUUGUGGAAAAGGAGGGAGUGCAUUUGCAUUUGGCAUGUAUAAAUUAAAAGUUUUAAAUUAAUCUA